UUGUGUGCAGAAUAACAGCAGAGCUCGCACGAGAAAGACCCGUUUUCGGUUCGUUGCUCAUCCAUCAGAAAAAACGAGUUUGAGGUUGUGUUCCUUCUCUUUGCGGUGUUAAAAAAAAUCUGUGCAGAAAAAUGGCCCUUCACGUCCCGAAAGCACCUGGAUUUGCUUCCAUGUUAAAGGAAGGCGCUCGCGCUUAUUCCGGCCUGGAGGAAGCAGUAUACCGAAACAUCAACGCCUGUAAGGAGUUUGCCAGUUCGGUGCGCUCGGCCUAUGGCCCAAAUGGAAUGAACAAAAUGAUCAUCAAUCACAUCGAGAAGCAGUUCGUCACUUCCGAUGCGGGCACAAUCAUGAGAGAGCUGGAUGUCGAACAUCCGGCGGCCAAACUGAUGAUCCAGGCCAGCCAGAUGCAGGAAGCCGAAGUGGGAGAUGGAACAAACUUCGUGGUGGUGUUUUGCGGGGCAUUGCUAGAGGCCGCCGAAGAGCUGCUCCGAUUAGGAGUGACAACCAGCGAUAUUACUGAAGGGUAUGAAAAGGCCCUGGAUCUGGCUUUGGAAGCUCUGCCAAGUCUGGUUUGCCACGAAGUAAAGGAUUAUCGGAAUCAAGAGCAGGUCAAGGAAGCAUUGAAGGCUUCGAUUAUGUCCAAACAGUUGGGUAACGAGGACUUCAUUUCAGAAUUGAUUACAAAGGCAUGUGUUUCGAUUCUGCCGGAAAAGACCACCUUCAAUGUGGACAACAUAAGAGUGUGCAAGAUUUUGGGUAGUGGAUUGCACACGUCCGAGGUGGUUCAUGGAAUGGUGUUCAAGCGGUUCGUGGAAGGCGAGAUCACUUCGGCCAAGAAUGCGAAAAUCGCCAUGUUUUCCUGUCCGGUGGAUAUUAUUCAGACGGAAACGAAGGGAACCGUUCUGAUCAAGAGUGCUGAUGAGCUGAAGAACUUCAGCCAGGGAGAGGAAAAUCUCUUGGAAUCGCAAAUUAAGGCUAUUGCGGAUACCGGGGCCAAGGUCAUCGUUGCCGGAGGAAAGUUCGGCGACAUGGCUCUGCACUACAUGAACAAAUAUAACUUGAUGGCGGUGCGUUUGAAUUCCAAGUUCGAUCUGCGUCGAUUGAGCAAGGCCGUUAAUGGAACUGUUCUACCUCGUUUGACUGCACCAAGCUCCGAAGAACUGGGCUAUUGUGACAAUGUGUUCGUAAAUGAACUUGGAGAUACAUCAGUGUGCAUUUUCCGCUCGGAAGGAUCGGAUAGCAGAAUUGCUACCAUUGUCAUUCGUGGCUCCACAGACAACUACAUGGACGAUAUCGAGCGUGCCAUUGACGAUGGAGUCAACACUUUCAAGGGUCUUUCACGCGAUGGUCGGUUCCUGCCAGGAGCUGGAGCUGUAGAAAUCGAACUAGCACGUUUGUCGCUUGAAUAUGCCGAUACUUUGCCCGGAUUGGAUCAGUACGCGGUUGGAAAGUUUGCAGUUGCGCUGGAAGCGUUCCCCAAGGCAUUGGCGGAGAACAGUGGAAUCAAUGCCACCGAGAUUGUCAACAAACUCUAUCUGGCCCACAAGGAGGGCAAGAAGAACGAAGGAUUCGACAUUGAUGCAGAACAACCGUCGACGAUUGAUGUGACCAGCACCAAAAUAUACGAUCUGUUCCAGACUAAGUAUUGGGGACUGAAGUACGCCGUCGGUGCUGCGUGUACGAUUCUGAAGGUCGAUCAAAUCAUCAUGGCGAAACGGGCCGGUGGACCGAAGCCUAGGGCCGGAGCGGCCAACAGUGAUGAUGAAUCGUAAGAAGUGCUUUCCUUCGUCUGCGUAUUAUUCUCUUUUACCUAUAAUAUUUUUAUCUACUAAAUUAACUGCUUUAAUGAUUCGUGUUAUCAAGGAGCGCCAGUGGGCGAUUAACGACAGCCACAUCUAAUCGUAUGCUUGCACAUCAUCCAACAGUUCUCACCUAAAACUCACAAUUACUUGAAAAAAAGGUUCUUAUGCCUCUCGGGCAGGAAUCAAAACCAUUUAUAAGUACAUUAAAUGUAUUUCGUUCCAGGAGGAUGAAACCAUCA